GUCAAUGUACAGAAUGAGAAAAGCUUCAUUCCAAGAACUUGAACAACUUAUUAGUCCAAUUAUUCGUAGACAAAAUACGAACAUGAGAGAAUGUGUAAGUGCUGGAGAAAGGAUUUUAAUAACUUUGCGGUAUCUUGCCACGGGAUGCACUUAUUCUGCUCUGGCCUUAUAUUUUGCAAGAGGAGUUACGACAGUAUCGUAUAUAGUAAAUGAAACAACAUUAGCUAUUUGGAACACUCUUCACAAUGUUUAUAUGAAAAUUCCCUCUAACGAAAAGUGGAAGGAAAUAGCAAAUCGCUUUUACGAAUUAUGGAACUUACCUAACUGCUUAGGAGCAAUUGAUGGCAAGCACGUUAGAAUACAAAAAAUUCCCAACUCUGGAUCAACAAAUUACAACUACAAACAUUACCAUUCAAUUGUUUUACUUGCGGUUUGUGAUGCAGAUGGCUUAUUCACAAUGAUAGAAACCGGCUAUGCAGGCAGAAAUAAUGAUGGAGGAAUUUUUCGUGCAUCAAAUUUAUGUCAGUGGUUGGAAAGAAAUGGUCUAAAUCUACCCGCUAGUGCUUGUUUGCCACAUGAUGAGAGCCAGGAAAAAGUACCAUAUUUCUUCGUAGGAGAUAACGCGUUUCCCUUAAAACGAUAUUUAAUGAGACCAUUCCCUGUACAAACACUGGAUAAUAAAAAACGUAUAUUUAACUAUAGGUUGAGCAGGGGACGAAAAACCAUAGAAUGUAGUUUUGGCAUGGUAACUCAAAAAUUUUGUGUUUUACAUAAUUUUAUACGAAUUAAAGACGGGACGUGGUAUUCGACACCAACAUCCGAACAUCGACUGAAUAUCGCAGUUCAAAACUAUAAUUUGCUAGAAGAGAUUAUUCGCAUAAACCCUGCAUCUUCUGGAGCUACUGUUCGUAAUUAUUUAGCAAAUUAUUUUAUCAAGCCAAAUAGUAGCAUCUCAUGGCAGUAUAACUAUUGUUUAUAAGACUAAUUUAAAAAAUGUUUAUUACCUGAGAGGUUUGU